AUGGCAACUCGACAAGAGAAUUACCUGAAAUUCUAUGAAGGGGUAUAUGUCUCCAAUGCAGGGCGCCUAAAAGGAGGCAUUGAAAAGCUGGUGUGGGCUCUUAAAAUGCAGGAGCGCAACAUCUUACACAAUGGCAGAAGAUCUCUAGAGGAGAUAAGUCGCCAACUAGAUCCUGAACUUCUCUCUAUCUUAGGGGAGGACCUAUGCCAGCAGGCGACAGACUUGGUCGGUGAGGUUCAUCGAUCAUGUGCGAUGCUACCCAACAUCUUUAGCAUCCCCGAGCCUGCUGAACUAGUCCUGUUGGUUGAGGAGCAGAUCACGAUCUGUCUCUGUGUUCUCAGGGCAAUGAGCAAAGUCAUCCCCGCGGACGCAGAGAAAAUUGUGUCCGAUGUGAAGCAUUGGGUGAACGAGACCCGGCCCUUCCGCCAAUGCAAUCUUGUAUGCCCAGAUGAGGCCUCGGACAAGCUCCGACGAGUGAUUACUUUUAGAAGUCACGGCAUGGCAGACUUGGGGCUGGCCAUCUUGGACGCUCUUCCAAACGUCCUCGAUAUGGUCGACCCAAACACCAAGCACGAGCGAAUGCUAGUUCGUAACAAUCAGGACCGUGCCAAAAGUUCGUCAAACGAGGACGAUCGACAGGCCAGGCAGAGAAAAAUCGAAGAGCUGGGACAGGAGAGAGAGCGCCGACUCCAAGAGAUACAAGCUUGUGGAGAUACGCACCGGGCUGACUUUUGGUGGCCGGAAAAGCCUAGACAAGAGUGA